UCAUAUUUUGUGUCAGUCGAGCUCGAGUCGGAGAUGGCGAUAUUCAAACAUGGCGACUUCCAUCACAGAUAGUGACAGCUCCAAUGCACCGCAAUUAUCCGAAAUUUUUGAAGAAGCUAGAAAAAUCCAGGUUGAACUAGAGGACUCAGCAGAACCAACUAAUAGUCAAGGAUAUCAGAAUAAAGUUAAUAAAGGAAUUGCUCAACUUGAACAGGCGACCCACAUGGUCAACGAACUCAGCCUUUUCAGCCGCAAUGAAGAGAUUGAAGAAUGCCCUACUGCUCACAUCAGGUACCUACUGCUGCCAGCGUUCCUUGGUGACCUUACCCUGAAGCUUCAAGGGGAAGAUAGACUUAAUAUCGUCCAGAAAGGCAAGACCUAUUUCAAAGAUUACAUCAGAAGAUGUCGAGACUAUGGUGUCACAAAAGAGGAGAUACCAGAAGACCCUCCUGAAGAGUCAGCACAGGCUGGAGCCUUGCCAAGAGCUGGAGGUAGCCCUAACCUUGCAGCCAUGCAGUGUAACAGAGACGCCAAGAUACGACGGUAUAAGGAAGCCAAGGAAUUGAAACAGAAGCUGACUGCCUUAGGUGACUGGGAUAUGAUAGCAAGCAGAGAGGAAGAUUUACAGAGAGAGUUUUUUAACUUGAUGCUGAAGAGUUGGGUAUCGACAGCCUUGGAGCAGCUGAACAGCGUCCAGCAGGAGCUAGAGAUCCUGCAGCAUAUGGCCAAGAUGAAGAAAACUGAGAAUCAACGUCCUGGUGAGGAGGGAGCACAGAUGAGGAGAAAUGAGCCCCCUCCCCAACAACAGAGGAAGCCUCUGAAGCCUUUCAUUCUAACUAAGGAUGCUCUCCAAGCUCAGGUGUUUGGUGCUGGCUACCCUAGCUUACCCACCAUGACGCUCGAUGAGUUCUACCAGAAAGAGCUCAGAGAAGGGAAAAUACAACUCAAUUCAAAUGCUCAACCUCAGAUGAGUGAGGAAGAAGAAGUGGAAGCGAUUGCAAUCAGGAAAGAGAAUGAAAUAGAAACAGAUGAUCCUGAAGCACUCAAAAGAGAAUGGGACGAAUGGAAAGAUGACCACAAGAGGGGAUGGGGAAACCGGGAGAAUCGGAGCUGAGUGGAGCUGAACGGAGCCCGAGUUAUUGACCAUCAAGAUUUACGGCAGUUUAGCGAUCACUGUUACACUUCUGAGACAUUUAAGUACCGGAGUUUGUGCUCUGUUGUGCUGGGUCAUUUCCUAUGUUGGACGUCAAUGGAAAUAAAGCCAUGGAAAGCAGAUGGCUUAUUGUGACAGCAUGGAAGUAUUUAAAAGGAAGCAUUACUGAUCUGGGUAGCUGCAGUAGUGGUACCUGUCUGGCUAUGGUGACCUCAGCACUGAACAAGAUGGAAACUGUGGAUGGAUUAUUUCCAACAUUGCAAAUAGUUUGUAGUUGAUUCUGCAACAGAAUCAAUAUGGAACGAAAGAACACCAUUAAAGUGUAAGGAGAUGAUUCCUGACAGUAAAUAGUUUACCUCUUUGAGAAGAUUUCAUCUUCAAGAACUUCCAAUAAUACAAUCAUGAUCACCAAUACAUUUACCAGUGAUGGGAGUAAAACGGAUGUAUAGUACUCGUAAAUCUUGCAAAUUUAUUCCAUUCUCAAAAUUGAUGUAGCACUAAGGACUGACUUUGUCUAUAAAAACCUAUGGUCAGAUUGAGUUCGUACAUUUUCAACAUUCUUUGUCCAGAUAUACCAUAUGGAACGGUUCAAAUGUCCAAUACAAGUAUGAACUAUAUGUAUUAACAAGUCAAUGUGCUGAAAAUGAAUAUCAAAGUACACUAAAAUAGUUAAUUGGUACUGGUAUGUGCAUGUUAAUAUUUUAGGGGGUAUUCUUUGAUGUUUUUUUGGAAUCAAUGCUUUAUUACUUGCCAGCAAACUUGACAUUCUCAGGCAGAAAAGAUAUCAUGAUAACUGUAAUCACAUGCAAUU